AUGACCCGACCAUCGGCCGCCUGCUUGGACCGGCUGGAGAACCAAGCCGACAGCGAACGGGUGAAACGACUCACCAACCAACUCGACCAGUUCUUCGUCCAAGCCUCAAAACAUUCAAUCGAACUAAAAGCAUACCUAAAGCUGAUCGCCGAGGCCGAGAAAAACGCACGCUCGGAUCCAAACAGCCAACACUGGCAGAAUCAGAUCCAGGACAAGUCAGCAAGGCAGAGCCAGGUAGAGCAUGCGAUCAACCAAGUCCUCAGCCAGGCUGUUGAACAGAUCGACCAACACAUCCGCACCGAAGCCAUCUCAAUCAUCAGGGCUCUCCUCUCCGACGGAUUUUUUGACAAACCUGGUAAGAACUCCAUCAACUCCAAUGUAAACUCAGCCGCCAGCUCAACAGCCAUCAAAACUAUCGAAAAGAACGUCGAAAACGAACGUAAGGAACGCGAAGAAUCACUAUCGUCGCUCAAGAAAGAAUUUGAACAGUAUCGGACGUUCAACAACACCCGCUUCAAUACAUUGCAGGCCAGUUUCGAAGAAUUCAAAGAAUCCAAUGAGAAUCGUUUCAAAAACCUGGAGGAUACCCAUCGAAAACAGAUCAGCUCACUCAAAGCUGGCAUCAAGCUUAGCAACCCACAGCAGCAGCAGCAACUGCCACAAAACUCACCCCAACCUCCUCUCGACCAACCCGAAACACAGCAACUCAAGCGGUUAGUUCAAGAACAAGUAAGCGAACAGCUUGUCGCCUGCCAACCCAAACAAAACAUUCCCAACACCGAUCUCAUCAGCAUUGAAUCCUUCCAAACCGCCAUCAAGCAGAUCAGAGAGCAACUCGAUGAACUGAGUCUCCAGACGACCGAAACACUCAAAGAGUUCGAACCUCAGAUCAAGCAGAUCACUCAGGCGAUCCAAGUCCAGGUGAUCAAAUCCACAAAGACGGUGAUCUCCGAUGGUCAUCAAGAUAUCGCUGCCCUGAUCAACGACUCGAUUGUCAAGCUACAGGACCAGGUCGAUAACCUUGAACCAAUCAUCACCAGCUCAUCCGAAAAGAUCAGCCAAAUCGAGUCGACUCACUCAAAUGUAGACUCUCAGAUCGACGAGAAGGUCAACUCGACACUCGAAUCGAAACUCAAUGAAACCCUCAUCCCAAAGCUAGAGAUUCGAAUCAUUCAGAAGAUCCACUCGAACUUGGAGGCUCAAAUCAACAAGAAGGUCGAGCCCAAACUCGAAGCGUUCAAAAUACAGUUUGAAGAUCUCGCCAAAAAACUAGAGGAAAGCGAUAAAAGAUAUAAUGUUUCCAAAGCAGUACAAGCUUCACUCACCAAAGUACAGACAAAACAGAACAGCACAACGCAAUUUAUUGGCAAGCUGGAUAAGACUAUCACUGAUGUCCAAUCGCAGUUCAAAGAAUUCGAGCUUCGGAUCAAACCCUUGCAAGACCGGAUUGAUGGGGUGGAGACCACUGUCCAGAACAGCAAGCAAGACAAUCGCCAACAAUCCCGACGAUUAUCAACCCCCGCGCAUCAAGCCAUCCAGUCCUCGCACUCUCUCCGCCGAACCAGUCAAACCCCACCCUCACCCCACUCGCACAGCAGCAGCAACAUCAACAAUGCUCAGUCGCAGCCCUUCCUUUAUCCGUCAGACACCUACAACCAAGCCACGGAGUCCCAGCGCCCGUUGUACAAGGGUAACCGAACGUCGAUCUCCUCCUCUUCUGUCAUCGCCCAAAACAUCCCGAUUGCUUCCCGGCUGACCAACGGGCCUUCGCAGGCCGGACCGCCAGCCGGCUCGGGCCAGGCCAAUGGGGAGAUGGCGCACUACCGCAAACGCACGCUUUCCCGCGAGUCCAGCAUCUCCCGGCCGUCCCAAUCAGUCAUCGGUAGCGCGUCGCACUGGCCCCCGUCCGUGGCCCCACUCGGAAACGCUCAGUCCCACAAUUACGCCACCCCCCAGCCCGCGUCCUACGACCCUCAGUCCGACCACACCUAUGCUCAUGCUGGUCAUCAGCAAAUCCAGCAGCCUGUCUCCUCCAUCCCGCUCGCUAAACGGCUCAAAAAUGACUACAACCAUUAUCAUGCUAACCAUGACCAGCAGGCUUCGUAUCAACACUUACCUUAUCAUCAACACCAACAACAGGCCUACCACAAUCCACAAUCCACACACCAGUAUAAAAAGAACGUGCCUUACACGAAGCGCACUUAG